GCUGCCCAUGGGCCGGGCCCGGGGGUUCUGCGCGCCGGGAGCCGGGCCAGGUCACCCAGGGGGCUGAAGUCAGAAACAGGCCAGAGCCGGGGUCUUCCUUGGGGGACAGCAGGAGUGAGGCAGGCAUGCCCCGGACACUGAGAACCUCCGACAUGGUCACCCCAGGCAGCCUCGGCCCACCCCCUACUGAGCCCACGGAUGGCGAGCAGGCUGGGCAGCCCCUCCUGGAUGGACCUCCAUCCUCAGCCUCCCUGGACACCCUGAUCCAGCACCUGGUGCCCACGGCUGACUACUACCCUGAGAAAGCCUACAUCUUCACCUUCCUGCUGAGCUCCCGCCUGUUCAUCGAGCCCCGGGAGCUCCUGGCCCGUGUCUGCCACCUGUGCAUCGAGCAGCAGCAGCUGGACCAGCCAGUGCUGGACAAGGCCCGGGUCCGGAAGUUUGGCCCCAAACUGCUCCAGUUGUUGACCGAGUGGACCGAGACGUUCCCCCGGGAUUUCCAGGAGGAGUCAACCAUAUGUCACCUGAAGGACGUGGUGGGCCGCAUCGCCCCCUGUGACGAGGCGUACCGAAAGAGGAUGCACCAGCUCCUGCAGGCUCUGCACCAGAAGCUGGCAACCCUGGGCCAGGGGCCAGAAGGCCUGCUGGGUGCCGACAAGCCCAUCUCCUACAGGACUAAGCCUCCGGCCUCCAUUCACAGGGAGCUCCUCGGCAUCUGCAGUGACCCCUACACAAUGGCUCAGCAGCUGACCCAUGUGGAGCUGGAACGGCUACGACACAUUGGACCUGAGGAGUUUGUCCAGGCUUUUGUGAACAAGGACCCUCUGGCCAGCACAAAGCCUUGUUUCAGUGACAAAACUAACAACCUGGAAGCUUACGUGAAAUGGUUCAACAGAUUGUGCUACCUGGUGGCUACUGAGAUCUGCAUGCCGGCCAAGAAGAAACAGAGAGCCCAGGUGAUCGAGUUCUUCAUUGACGUGGCCCGCGAGUGCUUCAACAUUGGCAACUUCAACUCCCUGAUGGCCAUCAUCUCUGGCAUGAACAUGAGCCCUGUCUCAAGGCUGAAGAAGACCUGGGCCAAAGUGAAGACGGCCAAGUUUUUCAUCCUUGAGCACCAGAUGGACCCAACAGGGAAUUUCUGCAACUAUAGGACAGCCCUGCGUGGGGCAGCCCACCGCUCCCUGACCGCCCACAGCAGCCGGGAGAAGAUCGUCAUCCCUUUCUUCAGCCUGCUCAUCAAAGACAUCUACUUCCUAAAUGAGGGCUGUGCCAACCGCCUCCCCAAUGGACACGUCAAUUUUGAGAAAUUUCUGGAGCUGGCCAAGCAAGUUGGAGAGUUCAUCACAUGGAAACAAGUGGAGUGUCCCUUCGAACAAGACCCCAGUAUCACCCACUACCUGCACACCGCCCCCAUCUUCAGCGAGGAUGGUCUUUAUUUGGCUUCUUAUGAAAGUGAGAGCCCAGAGAACCAAACAGAAAAAGAGAGGUGGAAAUCUCUAAGGUCCUCUAUUCUGGGGAAGACGUGAGAGGCUCUGAGCUGGAGGAGGAGGAGGAGAGGAAGCCAGCAGAAGCCUUCUGCAGCCCUGCCCCAGCAGCCCAGUGGCAAGCAGAGGCACUGGGUGCCUCGCUGCUUUGCAAACCAUGACCCUGUGGCCUGGCACCUGCUGCAGUGACCACGCGGCACAGAACACCUUUCUCCACCUUUUGUGGAACCUCAACCCCGGCAGGACCCAGGGCCUCUGGACGUGUGGGUGGCACUUGCCUCGGAGACCCCAUCCUCAGGACUGUGGUGGUCACACUGCUGGUCAGUCUGUCUGUCCUCGGCAAUGACCCAGGGGCUGGGUGGCUGCAGUCUCAUUCUUGCUGAGUGACUCAGGCCAUAGAGGUGAACAUCUGGUCUGUCACUAGGUGACCUGGGAGCCUCCACAUCUCCAGCAAGAAUCACAGUGACAUGAGAAGGGCCAGAGCCCACCGGAACCUGAGAUUCUACUGAUGGAUCCAACCCUACCCCUUGCGAUGGGCUGGUUUCUACAGCCCUGUGAACCCCCUUUCUGGAUCACGUUGGUAUCAGGGGACAGCUUCCUGGUGACAGCUAUGACAAGUUUGAGUCAUGGACAGUCAGCAGGACAAGUUUGAGUCAUGGACUUGACCAUGGGUACAGUUCAUUGUAAAUGUUGGAGUUGGUAUAAACACAUUGGUACACCUUGCGGAUCCA